GGGGCCUUUUUUUUUUUCUUGUCUCGGCUGGCUGGAACAAAGGGUCCUGUAGUAUUAGUAAAUAGGUGGCGUCGCCCCCUAAACAAAUGACAUUUAAAACACUUCGUUGGGGAUUGCAAACUGACAGGAGCCAGGGCAACUAGCUGGAGAGUAGUUUUGCUCCCCGUCUCGUGUCGCCUCGUGGGGGACUAACGUUACAGGACCGACGGUCGGCGCUGGAGCUCUCGCCGUCCAGCUAGCAGCGAAGCUAGCUGGCUAGAAACACCGCGUUUCGGUGGACCUUUCUCUCCAGGCUGUUCGUCAAAGUCAUUCAAGCUGUACUCUCCUAAGGAGCCCCCCAACGGCGGCAGCUUUCCCCCCUUCCACCCAGGCGCUAUGCUGGACAGAGAUGUGGGGCCUACACCCAUGUACCCCCCAUCAUACAUGGAGCCAGGAAUGGGGAGACCCACACCGUACGGUAACCAAACAGAUUACCGGAUAUACGAGCUGAACAAAAGGCUACAGAACUGGACAGAGGACUGUGACAAUCUCUGGUGGGAUGCCUUCACCACAGAGUUCUUUGAGGAUGACGCCAUGCUCACUAUCACUUUCUGUCUGGAAGAUGGACCCAAACGAUACACCAUCGGCAGGACUUUGAUCCCACGAUACUUUCGAAGUAUUUUUGAGGGGGGCGCCACUGAGCUGUUUUAUGUUUUGAAGCACCCAAAGGAGUCCUUCCACAGUAACUUUGUGUCUCUCGACUGUGACCAAUGCACCAUGGUGACUCAAAAUGGCAAACCCAUGUUCACACAGGUUUGUGUGGAGGGCCGCCUGUAUUUAGAGUUCAUGUUUGAUGACAUGAUGAGGAUCAAGACGUGGCACUUCAGCAUCAGACAACACAGAGAAGUCCUACCAAGGAGCAUUUUGGCUAUGCAUGAUCCGCAAAUGCUCGAUCAGCUGGCUAAAAAUAUCACCAGAUGUGGGCUGUCCAACUCCACACUUAACUACCUCCGUCUGUGUGUGAUAUUGGAGCCCAUGCAAGAGUUGAUGUCAAGGCAUAAGACCUAUAGCUUGAGCCCGAGAGACUGCCUGAAGACUUGUCUCUUCCAAAAGUGGCAAAGAAUGGUAGCACCUCCAGCUGAGCCAGCCAGACAAGCUCCAAACAAGCGGCGGAAAAGGAAGGUGUCCGGUGGAAGCACCGUGAGCUCCGGCGCAGGCAGCAAUAACAACACCAACAGCAAAAAGAAGAGUCCAGCCAACAGCUUUUCUCUCUCCAGCCAGGACGUGAUGAUGGUGGGAGAGCCCACUCUGAUGGGAGGGGAGUUUGGUGACGAGGACGAGCGUCUGAUCACACGACUGGAGAACACGCAGUUCGAUGGGGCGAAUGGCCUGGAGGAUGAGGACAGUUUCAACAGCUCGCCUGCACUUGGGGCACACUCGCCCUGGAACAACAAGGCUCCCUCCAGUCAGGAGAGCAAGAAUGACAACUCCCAGUCGUCCCAGUAGAGUGCUGAGGUCUCAGCCAGUCCCUUUUUUUCAAUGCUUAAAUCCUACUGGGAUCCACCUGAGCCAACACACUAGCGAGAGGAGUCAGUGAGGGUGGCCUCGAGCACUUGUGUUUAAUUAAUUUUUGUUUGUUUUGUUCCGUCAUGUUCAUUUUAUGACGAAAGGAGUGGUUAGGAAAAGGGACAAUAGCUGAAUGGACUGAUAAAGCUCUUAACUGUCACAUGAAGGACAGGUCAGCAGCAUCCCACCCGCUCCCUCACAUUGUUGCACAUGAUCAGUGGUGCUCAGCCUUGGCCCUUGUCUGCUCGGCUCCAGUCAGUCCUCUCAGAGUAGUGGUGAGACUGGCGGGGUGGGGGUGUGUCUGCAUGUGUCUUUACCCCCCAUCGUAGCUCACCACAGCGUUUGAGCCAAAGUUGGCAUGUCCUGUUGUCCGAGUGCUCGCCAUGGCGACCAUGUCAGUGGGUUCUUGUUCCAACCUCGGGUCUCUCAGGCAUGCGUUUUCCUUGACGACGCACCACGUUGUUUCUGUUGUGCUCAUGUCACAGGGAAGAAAUGCUUAGCUUUUAUUUAACUUAUUUUUUUGCAGGCUGCAGAAAACUGUGUGCACUCUUAGUAUCAAAAUUCAACGUUCGGUUUUUAAAAACUCAAUUAUUUGUUUUUGUAGGACCUGGUUGGAACAAAAACCUGUACAGUGCCGGAGCUUGAGGACCGGAGUUGAGAACCACUACGCUAAAUCUUAAACACACACAUGCAUGCACACAUACAUACAUGCAUACAUACAUACAUACAUGCACACAUACAUGCAUACAUACAUACACACACACACACACACACACACACACACACACACACACACACAUACAUACAUACAGACGCAUACAUGCAUCCAAACAAGUACACACACACACACACACAUUGAGGUACUGGAGAGAGGUGGUACGCAGCAUGUCUGGACCAGAGCCCCAGAUGCUACAGAAGUGUGUUUUCAUUUUCUAUGUUUUAGACUUGUUUUGAAUUGUUUUUAUUUUUGUAAACAAUUUCUAAAAAAUAAAUAGACAAGCAAGCAAACAAAAACACCCCAGAAUAUUCUUUGCACUGUUUUCCACAAGUAACUCCAAUCUAUUUUUCUUAUGAAUUGACGGUGUAUUUCUUUUCUAUUAUUGCUAAUGUAAGACCUGUAAAACAUCUGAACUCUGCAGUAUAUUAAUGUAUACGUAAUGCUGUUAGAUCAUUCUUAUUGUGAUGUUAAUAACUUCCAUGUAAGUCAAUGCUUAAUAUAAUGUCAUCCAUCCGUGUCAAUCACGCUGUCAUCAGGUCCAUUGGCUUCAGUGCUAGACAACAAGUUGGGGAGAAGGAGGCUCGUGUUUUCAUACUGUACGCCAUCUUGUCUGAUGUGAGUACAAAGGCACACUGAAACCAUUUCCCCAUUAGUUUUCCAUCCAGGGCCCGUUCUGGAUCUGUUGACUUGUCAUUGCAGAACUGUUUGCUUUGUCUUGAAAUCUCUAUCUGGGGCUCUUCAGAGAAAACUUCUCAAAUUUGCUACUCAAAAAUAUUUUAAAAAGUUUUGACAGGAUUGUAAAAUAAGAAAAAAAGACUUUUGUAUUAACUUAAGUUUCCCAGAAAUGUUUUUAAUUACAAUUAAGAAAGCUGCAGACCAAGGAGCUACAUGUAAAGAUUCUUUAGAUAUUGAUUACACUGUGCUGUUUGUUUUAUGACGAAUCAUUUUGGUGGCUUUACUCCUCAUAUUUGUGUCUGUGCUUGUAUAUUUUUAGGUAGUCAUUUCUGUAAAAGUCAUUAUAUGUAUUCCUCCCUAGAAUUACGAGAAACUCAAUCUAAUGUAAAGAGAUUAAAAGCCUCUUAAAAGUUGUUGUUUUUUUUACGUGAUUUUUAAUGGUACAAUCACUGAAAAAGAAUUUUGCCCUCAUUUUAGCAAACUGUAUUUAUUUUUCUAUGUAUUGACAUGCUGUUUAGCUCCAACCCACCUGUACUAUACUCAUGAUAUAUGUAGAAGUUUGUUGGGCUGCUGAGUCAGUAAACGCUUAUACAGGUCAUCCCAUUACUUGUGUUUUUUGACAUGUGGCUCCCAGUUCUGGCCAGUUCAUCACAAUGGUUCAGUAUGUUCACAUUAAAGAGACAUUUAAUGGCCAUUUUCUGCUGUUGCAGAUACCUGGUCUAUCUGAAAACUUGUCAGAUGAACUGAAAAUCAAUAAAUAACCACAUUUGGAGAAA